AUGGAAGAACAGGCAGUUUUACCUUUUCCUUCGACAACGAACAGUAGUACAAAAACAAUUGUUGUCGAACAAGAACCAAUUAGUCAAAAAAAAUUAAGUUUUUCAAUUGAUAGCAUUCUUGACAAACAACAGCAACAGCAACAGCAACAGCAACAACAGCAGCAGCAACAACAACCAUUGUUCAAUUGUAGUAAUUUUAAAAUCAAGCGUCAUCAUCAUUCAACACCAAUAGGUAAUCAUUAUCGAUCAUCAAAUAAAAACGGCAACAAUAAUGAUUCAGGUAUACAUUUAUUAUUAAUCGAUGGUAAUAAUAAUAAACGAAAACACAGUGGAUCUUUAUCAUCUGAUGAACAUUCAUCAUCACCAGCGGGAAAUAAACAUAUUCGUUUAACGAAUACCGACGAUGAUGAUGGCAGUAGUAAUUGUUCAGGUAUAUCAACAAGUGAUGUUGACGAUGAUGAUAUUGGUAGUGGCUCAGAAGAUAACGAUACAAGUCAUCAACAUAUAAAUAAUAAUCGUAAUAAUAGAUAUUCACAUACAAAUGGAGGAAUAAAUCAACACGGUAGUAGUAGUCAUGAAUUACAUGAAAUAAUGCAUCGGAAAAAGAAGACGCGUACGGUUUUUUCUCGCACGCAAAUAUUUCAAUUGGAAACAACAUUUGAUCGAAAACGAUAUUUAUCAAGUGCUGAUCGAGCAAAUUUAGCACAAGGACUUCGACUUACUGAACAACAAGUUAAAAUUUGGUUUCAAAAUCGGCGAAAUAAACUUAAACGUCAAAUAGUUGAAGCAAGUCAAUCGAUGAGCUCAGCUGUUGCUUGCGCAGCAUCUUUACAAGCACCACCCCCACCACCACCUCUUCCACCAACAACAUCGUCAUCCUCAUCAUCGAAUAAUUCAAUGAUUAAACGUCCACUACCCAUGUCUAUACCAUUACCCAGUGAUUUCUCUUCGGCAUCAUCGUCGUCCACAUCUCCACUAUCUAUUUCAUCGAAAAAUCCACAACAUCGUUUUGAUGCAGCAUCAUUUCUUCAUUCGAACUUUUAUGAAUUGGCUGCUGUUGCUGCUGCACACGCAGCCGCACAAGCAGCUGCUUUUCAUAACAAUACAAAUAAUAAAUCAUUAAUGGCACAAAAUAGUGUCAUUGAACAUUCUGAGCAAAAUUCAUCAGCAACAGCAAAUUCUUAUUCAACUUUUCAAGAUUUUGCUAAUGCUCUUGCAACUCAAGCGGCUGUUUGA